AUGGCUACAAGAGUGCAGAAUUCCUGGAGAGUGUGCAUUGACUACAGGCGUUUGAACCAGGCCACUCGCAAGGAUCUCUACCCAUUACCUUUCAUUGAUCAAAUGCUUGAUCGCCUGUCAGGUUUCUACCGGCGAUUUAUCAAGGACUUCAGUAAGGUUGCACUGCCUUUGUUCCGUCUGCUGCAGAAGGAUGUAGAGUUUGAGUUGAGUGAAGACUACAAGGAGGUAUUUGACAAGCUAAAGAUUGCCUUAACCCAAGCUCCUAUUGUGAGAGGGCCUGACUGGAAUCGGCCGUUCGAGAUCAUGUGCGACGCAUGA